GCCAGCUGAGGGGUCCGCUCAGCAGGCGUAGUCUACGCUGCAGAAGGAAGUGACAGUCUACUUUGUUCUCUAUUGUGUUUUCUUCACAUGUUGGGAUGGACACCUGGAGGAAAGAAGAAGAUUCAGAGGAGGUAGAGAUUGAUUUGGGAGACUCCAGCGACCCUGAUGAAUAUGAUAACGGAGAUGAACCUCAGACACUGUGGAAGGCCCCUCCUCCAGUGGAAGAAGACGAAAACAUACACACCUCUACCCUUGUGGAAAUCAGUGACACUAAGCCUCUGAUAAAUGUCAGAGACCCUCGUGGAAUCAAUGACUGCCUUAAGGUAUUGCAUUCUUCUGCAGUGGACUAUGAAAAAAACAUAAAAUAACUGGCAUGCAGAACAAAAAACUGCAUGGCUGAAUGCACUGCCCUCCAGUGGAUUUGAUCUAUGCUCAACAGGAUCGUUUUUUUGUGUCCGCAGGUGACGUUUGAGGAUGUGAUUGCUGAACCGGCAUCUGUACGCAGUGGAGAUAGAGUAUGGAUCUGGAGUAAUGCUCUGUUUGAGGUGUCCAGGGUUUGGAUCUACAGGAUUGUUACAGUGCUUCUGGCCAUUCCGGUCUCUAUCGUUUCUGGCCUGCUCUUUGCCAUCCUCAGCUGCCUCCACAUUUGGUAAGUUUUUUGACACCUUGUUGGUUUGAGAGAUUAGGGAAAUGUACAGCAGAAAAAUAAUAAAAUAUUCACAAGCAGUCAGGUUAAAAAUCAAUCAUGAAAUCACAUCUUCUCAAGGACUUCUCAAAUGUUACACCACCAUCUUAAUUCUGGUGGUCAAAAUGGACAAAAGGGUGGUCUCUAAAACAGGUUAUUUCCUGUUUCCUGUUUCCUUUGAGUUUGCAAACACUUAAUUGGGCAUUUUUUCAUUUGACAGCAGUCUUCAACUUGAUAAUCUUGAGAGAUCUCAAAACAAAAGCUUGAAGCCAAUACUGGUGGUCAUUUGGGGGCCCUUGGGAGACAGUGCAUCAGAAACAAACAUGACUCAACCAUGAUGUGUUUUCCUCUGUAGUGGAAAUCACUACAGAGUCAUGUCUACUACAUUUCUGUGAACAUAGUUUCUCACUACAUCUACAAAUUUAGGUUAAAACUGUAUGUAAAUAUGACCCAGAAACACCAGUAACGUAUCUUAUGGACUGAGGUGAAGUGCAAAACAAAAAGAAUCUGUUUUGGAAUCCUUUUUGGAAAUCAUGGACGCUGUAUCCUCUGCUAUAAUGAGGAGAAGGACCACCACAGCUCAAAAGAGACCAUCCAUGACAAUAGGAGGAUGCAUAAGCGCAUGUAUGAGCCAUCGGUAACUUACACAUCUGAGGAGACAACAUUAAUACUAAACAAGAUCCUAACAUUCAUAAAAAUAGCAGAAAUUAAUACAUAAACCUCUAUAAAGGGCCACAGAAGAAAAGCAGAUCAUCUGUAAAAGGACUUUCUAAAUUCUUUAUAAUUAUUUAUAACAGAACAGAAUAACAGACCCUCUCUUUGUCCACAGGGAAUGCUAAGAUUGACUGCACAUUUCUCUCAUAGCUGCUGUGUUUGUAAUGAAUACCUUUCUUUCAAUGACAGGAUGGUCAGUCCUUGUAUUCAGUGUCUCUCUAUCGGCACACGCUGGCUGCAGAGUCUGUGGAAUAUCGUGCUGAGCAUCAUUUUGCAGCCUUUCUUCAAGAGCGCUGGAAGAUGCUGCGGAGGCUUCAGUGUUCACCUGGCCAAAGAAUGAGACACUUUUCACAUCAAGACUGAGAUGGUUUAUUUAUGUGCCCUGAUGUUUCACAGGUAGACCAUGACUUUUUCAUUUUUGAUACAGAAUAAAAUGUUUUUAUCUAUAAAACUUCCAGUUUGGACUCGGACAAAAACUCUUACUUAAAAUUUUAUCACUUUGUGAUGACCAAAGAGAUCAGAUUUCUUAAUUAAUGGGAUCAGUGUGAGAAAAUAGAGACUGUUAGGGGACUUAAAAAUGAAAACAAUGAAAGUGACCGCUUUCUUAAGGCACAAAGAAGAUUUUCAGACACUCAGCAGUAUUUUGUUUUGUCUGUUUUAAAGAAUUUUUGUUUGUCUCAUCAUUUUUUAUGAAAAUAACUUGUUGGUUGGAUAGUUUUCAUGGCAAAAUACUCCAGGCUUCUUCAAUCAUUGCGCUUUAUCACUGCCGUCGUAAGUCUAGGCUUGAGCAGUAUUAAAUUAAAGUUAAAUCAUAGAAGGCUCCGGUUCAGACUUUAGGGAAUUUAAUUUUGUGAGACAACUUUUGUUAGGAGAAAGUACAUUUAAUGUAAUGGACUUGAAUAUUUCUCUCUAAUGUCAGAUCAGCUCUAAAAGCAAUUAUCCUGUUUAAGAAAGUAACGUCCAGUGAGAAUCCAGGGAGAAACAGACAAUGGCAGAGAAACCACCGAGUUUUAAUGAGGCAUCAUGUAACUCAUUAAUCCUCCACUGAAGAUUCAAUGAAGAGUAAAACUGAGAUUUAAAUCCUCCUUUUAUUCCACCGCUAUAUAGAGUUUGAGAGUCUCUGUUUCGAGUUUGAAGCACAACUUGAUUCAGAUUUAAUAAAGUUUGUACAGAAAACAUUUGAGUUUUAGCUUUCUUGUUAUUUGGUGGAUGUGG